CACUGCUUCAACCACACCUCAGCCUUCCGGUGCUGAUAGAUUUUCCUAUUUCUGGGAUUACUGGAUGGAAAUGUCUGGUGCAGUUAAACCUGUCACCUCUUUCCUCAUUGAGGACAUCCUGUCCAAUAAGGACUGUAAGAAAGUGGAUGGCAGCUGCAGCUUGCAGAAGAGGGAGAAAUGCUCCGAGUGUGAAAAGUCGCCAGCUCACUUCUAUCUUCAGGAACCGUUGUUUGGAAUGCAGACAGAAUCUCCCGAUACGCCCCGUCCCAGCUCCUCAGAGUCAAACUUCUCCUCCACUGGAAAACAGAAGCGAUCCAGAGCUGCAUUCACGCACCUCCAAGUGCUUGAACUAGAGAAAAAAUUCAGCCACCAGAAAUACCUGUCCGCUCCGGAGAGGGCCCACCUGGCCAGCACCUUGAGACUGACUGAGACCCAGGUGAAGAUCUGGUUCCAAAACAGGCGGUAUAAAACAAAGCGAAAGCAGCAGACUGCAGAGAUCUGUAAAAAUGCAUACAAAGCAGAGGGACUGGGUUUAAGAGAGGAGCUGGUCCGAGCAUCACUAAUAAGCUCCUUCUGUAAAGCAUACCAGUACAGACCCUACCUGUGGGACUACAGUGGAGCCUGGGGACCAAUGUUAUGGUAAAAAAAAAAAAACAGUCAUGCCAGAUAAUGGUUCGCUGAUGCAAAGGAAACCCGGACUACAAGUUUGUUCUUGUUAAACUGGCACAUUUUGAAUCGAGUGGAUGCUUCUCUCUUCAUAUAAUAAUGUUGACAAAGAAUCAAACUCUGCGCUGUAUGGACAUGCAUCUAGAUUGUACUGUGACCUGAAUGAAUCCUUUUGGCAUUGCUGAUUAUUUCAAUAAUAAAUUAUUUUUGAUGAAGCCUGUAU